GCGGCCGAAGGCGGGCGGGCUCCCGGCGGACCGGCCGGCCAGGGCGCAGGGACGGCCGCCUCGGCAUCUGCGGCCGCCGGGCCCGCGUCCAGCUCUCCGUGCGCGGAACUUCGUGGGGGCCUUGGCUUUGCCUAAAGCGAAAGGAAGCAGCAGGGGAGAAGGUCACCGCCCGCGAAGCCGCUGACUGGAGAAGCGGCUGCCUCUUCAUAAAAACCGCCCGAAACCAGCCCGCGCCGCGGGGACGGCGGGGGACGGCGGCGGUGGCCUGUGCGGCAGCGCCUGGAGCGGGCUCCGCACGGCCGCGGGGCGCAAGCGCGAGGCCCCCCGCCGGGGACCGUGUGCGUUGCUGUUGUGCGCGUGGCUGGCGUCUGCGGGGCGCUGUGCACAUGGCCUUUUCUGGUGUCACACUGGCUUCUCACUUCCUGAGGCAGAUCCUUGGAUUCUGGGACCUGGGUAUGGGUUUGCUCAUCAUUAAACUUGUGGGUUUUCUGCGUAUUCCAUCAGGAUGUUAGGUGGUGAAUACUUAUUCUGCUGGGAAGUAGAAGAGUAAGAAAUAUGCCUCCCAAGUUCAAGCGCCACCUAAAUGACGAUGAUGUCACUGGUUCUGUGAAAAGUGAAAGGAGAAAUCUUUUGGAAGAUGAUUCAGAUGAAGAAGAGGACUUUUUUCUAAGGGGACCAUCUGGACCAAGAUUUGGACCUAGAAAUGAUAAAAUCAAGCAUGUUCAGAACCAGGUGGAUGAAGUUAUUGAUGUCAUGCAAGAAAAUAUUACAAAGGUAAUUGAAAGAGGGGAGAGACUAGAUGACCUACAGGACCAAUCAGAAAGCCUGUCGGAUAACGCCGCCGCCUUCAGCAGCAGAUCCAAGCAGCUUCGGAGGCAGAUGUGGUGGCGUGGGUGCAAAAUGAAGGCUUCCGUGGCUCUGGUAGCUGUGGUCCUCUCCCUAGUGAUCAUCAUUCUUAUAGUUGUGAGAUACCGUAUUUGACCCAGUGACAGAUCCGCAUUAAACAAAAUCUGGGACAAUAACAAUAAGAGUGCUGCGUCAUUUAAAUGAGACCUAUGUAUAUAGCUUUCAAAACUUUUACAAGAAACCACGAGGCAAGUGUCACUUCAAAUUGGAGCGUUGAGAAUGUCGUUACUUUGUCCCCUUCUAGCAAAACGUGCUUUUAAAGUUAUGUGUAAGGCAAUGCUAACCAGCCUCUAAUUUGCCAUAUUCCAAGGAUCUAAUUUGAAACUAGGUACUUGCCACUGCAUUGUUUGUGUAUAUAAUUAAACACUAAUAUUCCAUACUGUUGUUAUAAGGACUUGUAUUACUGCAUCAAGGUGGGGUCAGGAGGCCCCUGUUGGUACCGGUCAUUAUGCUAAAAGCGAUGCAUACCCAUCUCGUCAGUAUUUGCAGGAUGCUCCUCACAUAGUGAGGGCCUUGCAGGCACUUCCCACACGUUUAUGGGUGCAACUGACUGUUGUAAAUGUUGCUGUCCUCACCUGUACCUAAAGGCAUUCCAGUAGACCUAUUUUUGACUGUGUAAAGGGACAUGUAAUUUUUUGGCAUUUGGAUCAUGGAAACGGAAAAUGUAAACAGUGUGAAAAGCAUAAAAUGACGCUGUCAAACUGAAGAUAAUAAAAUUGGAGAAUGUU